CAUGCAGACACGAUGCCCCGCGACACCACAACAGCAACGCCGCUGCACCCGUUCGCCUGCGCGCACUGCGACAAGCGCUUCACGCGGCAUGAGAACCUCAAGCGACACCUCGCAGUGCACGGCACGAGCUCAGGCAGCAUCCGGUGCACGCUGUGCCGGGCGACAUUCGCGCGCGCCGACCUCCGCCGGCGGCACGUCAAGCGCAAGCAUCCCGAGGUGCUCGGCGCGGCGGUGGAUGUGGGAGGGUACGCCGACGACGACGAGCAAGGCAAGGACCGAGAGCACGGGUUCGACACCGCGCCGCUUGACGUCAGUGCCGACGCCGACCUCCGCCUCAUGGAGAACAUCCUCUCGUCCAUCAGCCCCGAAGUGCCCGCUCCUUCCCCUCCGGGCGUGGCUGACGCGCGAUCCCUCCCAUCGCCGAGCACGCCGCCGCCGCCGCCAUCACACGCUGCGGCUGCCACGGCCGACGCGGACCCGCUCCAAGGCCUCUCCCCGGCGCUGGUGGACACGGCGCUCGCGCUGUACUUCUCGCAUGUGGCGCACUUCUUCCCCUUCGUGCACAAGGGCACGUUUGACCCGCGCGCCGCGCCGCGGCCGCUGCUGCUCGCGCUCAUCGGCCUGGGGCUGCAGUACAGCGACGCCGAGGCCGACGGGGCAGUGCCGUCCCUGUCGUCGAUAUGCUUCUACCGCGCGCUCGGGAUGCUCGACGACGACGCGCCGGCGUCUACCGCUGCGCUCGAUAUCGCGACCCUCCAGGCGCGCGUCCUGCUGUCCGUCCUCGCGAUCAUGUACCUCUGUGGCGGGGCCACGGCGCACGGGCUCAAGCUGCACGCCGAGUCGGUGCUCCUUGCGCGCCAGGGCGGGCUGUUCAACCCCCUCCCGGCGUCGCGGGCGACAUCGAGCCUCGACGCCCUGUGGGCAGAGUACGCCCGCGCCGAGAGCCACAAGCGCACCUGCUACGCGCUGUACCACGUCGACGCGAUGCUGUACCACGUGCUCUCUAACCCGCGGGCGCUGAGCCACCUCGAGCUGCGGCACGACAUGCCGGGCCCCAACGAGCUGUGGGAGCAGGACAGCGCGAACGGGUGGGCGCACCGCUCGCUCCUGGGCCAGGGCGACAAGACGACGCGGUACACGACCGCCGUGCGCAACUGCCUCUCGGACGCGCCGGUCCCCGAGACUUUUGCGGGGAUGGACGCGUACGCGCUGUCCCUGGUCGUGUCGUUCAUCCUUUCCAGCACGAGGGAAAACUCGGGCUGGUCGACCAUGACGGGCCAGGUGUGCUUUGAGCGCGCGGCUUCGCUGCAGCAGUCUGGCCGCGUCCUCGAGCCGUUCGUCACUGGGCCGCGCGAGGACCCGCACGCGGCGCUCACCGAGACGAUGCUGCGUAUGAGCAUGAUCGAGCUGCUGAUGUGGGCGCCGAGCCACACCUCUGGCGUGGUAGAAACGAGCCUGGACAGCGCUAUCGCCUCGGCGCUCUACCUCAGCGGCACGCACGUGACUGUGACGCCCGACCUGCGCGCCCUGCUCGAGGGCCACAUUGGCUGGUUCCUCGACUACCUCGACCUCGACCACGAGGUGGUCUACGCGACCGAGCCGCCCUGGGUGACCAUGUACGCGUUCCGCGCCGUCCUGUACGCGUGGCAGCUGGCGCGCGGGGGACACCUGGACCCGAUCGAGCGCCUCGGCCUAGGCGACGCCGACUCGAUGGCCGCGUGGACACGCCGCGUGUUUGCCCGCCGCGCGAGGUGGCAGGCCGCGCGCAUGGUCGUGCGGUGCCUCGACGAGAUGGACGUGGCAGAGGGUUAG